AUGACUUCGUCGGUGGGCCCCGAACAGGAUCUUGCCGCGUACCGCGAGAUCGAAGGAAAUAACGAGCGCCUGAUGCUUGGGAAUUCAAACUUAUGGUCCCAAGAGUCGGACAUAAGUGAGCUAUCUAGCCAGGCUGUGGGUACCAUGCGACCAACUGAGAAUGGAUCGCGACGAAGCAGUCCGUGA